UGACUUUUUCCAUUUUCUUGGCGUCAAAAUUGUUGAAAAAUACUUUUUAUGUCCCGUAUUUUUGCUAUAAUAUGUAGAUAAUUAUUUCACAACAUGUGAUCGUAUAUAUAUUUGAAUAAUCUGGUUAUCAUCUUUUGCUUUACUUACAGACAAUUUUUCAGUCCCCAGUUAAAUAGACGGAAAGGAUUUAUUCCAUUGAUAACACAAUUAUCAUGUGUCAUUCUCAUAACUUAGUUCAUUGGAAUAGUUAUCGGACCAGUUAAAUGGUAACUGAAUAAUCAGCCCUAAGACACCGACUUUUUAAUCCCAACUAUCACAUACAUGUUUACACUGCACACUACAUUUUUCACCUACUGACCUACAUUACUAAUCGUUAGAACCCCAUGACUCACACCCAAAUCGAGUUACAUGACACAACAGCUGACUCAAACAAAGCCUUCUAACAACUAAUAGCACCAAAAGUGCAUCGUAGGGUUACUAAUUUCAAGAACUUACGGCAUCAUGAGAUUACGACCGAGCUGCAGUGCGGGGCUGCGCGGGACAAGGGGGCUUGGGGGGCAAAGGGGGGAGUCGCGACCGGGUCACGAGCGCGCCCAGUGCGGCCGCGGCGCUCCGCCGGCGCGGACACGCCGCGAUGCUUACCCAAAACCUGUGAAAAUGAUAGUCGAAAUUCAGGAGGAAGUUAGAGGAAAGAGGCCUUUCAAGAUAUGGGACAGCUCUCGCAACGUGAGGAAGGGACUGGUGGUCACUAGUUUCGAGGAGCUUAUACACAGAGGAAAAGAGAAGCUUUCAGUAUCAGCGUCAGAGCCGGUGCGGCUGGUCCUCGAGAGCGACGGCACGCAUGUAGAAGACGGGGACUACUGGCGUACACUCCCUCCCAACACCAUCUUACUCCUGCUCAGGCCGGGCGAGAGGUGGUACCCCACCGGCGUCGACGUCAUCAAGGCUGCAAUAUCAGCGAUCCCAAAGAUAGUAUGCGAGACUAUCCACGCCCUCGAGCUACACGAUGAGACGCCCUCAUGGAAGAUCAUGGACAACAAGGGGCGCGUCACGGUGGUGCUGCACUGGGACCAGCGGCCGCAGGCCUCGCCGGCCGCGCGCUCGCCCUCGCGCCAGGCCAAGCCCGACCGCCGGCCCUCGCUCGUCAUCCAGACCUCGCUGGAGCGCGCGCAGCCGCCGCCGCCGCACAUCACAGUCGUCAACCACGACGAGCCCGGCCCUGCCCGCGCGCGCCUCGCCCGCUCCGCCGGCUCGCUCGAGCACGCCCCGCCCGGCGCCGUGCACGUGCACACCGCCGAGUGCUCCGCCCCCGGCCCUCCGCCGCACCACGCGCACGGCCCGCACUCCCCUCGUCCGCCGCCCGACGAGUGCGACUUCCACUGCUGCGCCCUACAUGAAGAAGGCCGUCGCAUAGCCGUGCACAAGAGCGUAGCCACCUCGCCCAUCCAGGACGCCCAACCCCGAGCCUCCCCCCAGGGCCGCCCUAAAGGUCACGUGCGAUUUCUCGACGCGGAGUCCGCCCGCCGCGGCGAGCGCGACUCCAGUGAAAGCGAAACCGAGAAUACUCUAGUUGAGGACGAGGCCGUCACCUCAGAGAAGUUCCUACUCCUCAUAGACCAGCUCAGCGUCGACCAAAAACGCCAUCUCACCAUCAAAGACAUAGGUAUCAUCCUAGAGCGGCUCAGCUCGAAAAUCCUCGACGUGGAGCGACUCGACCGCGAGUCCGAGUCCGACGACUGCUACAACUGGACGAUCAAGGCGACGAUACGCGGCGACGCGCUGCGCGAGCUCGGCGUCAUCUACAACGGGAACUACUACGCGAUCAGUGAGCACCCGGGCUACCGGGACGAGAACGAGGAGGCGGGGGACGAGGCGGAGGAGGAGGAGGAGGAGGACCGGCUCUGAUCGGGCCUGUGCGGCGCCGCCGUGCCCGCCGCCGCCGCCGCCGUGCGGCUCGUCUGCCGCAUCGCCGCGCGCUGACCGCGCACCGCGCCGCCGCACGCCAUCCCGACCCCGAGCGGGCCGCCCCGGCCCUGUAGAGACAGAGCUGCCCGGACGCCUUGCGUAGGGCUCCGGACGCAGCGAAACAGUCAGGAGCUCAGAACGAAGCGCCCGUCGCGCUGUGAAUAUUUAGAGACUUAUUAUGAAAUUUGCCGCCCGCCCCGAGCGGCGAGUACUAUAUUAAUAAUAGCUGAAAUUACAUAUUGUAAGUAAACUGACUUCCUAUCGAUUUCUAAGGUGAUUACUGAUUACUUAAGUGUAGCGGUUGCACCGCGCGCGCACAAAAUAUUGGUUACCCGAGUGUCAGUAGUUAUAUUCUUAGGUAAAUAACAAAUUAUACACGUGUUAGCGAGGGUUCCGUUUGUCGCCCGCGCCGUGUUCACGAGCAAGGCCUAAAGUGAGCGUUGCGUGUACGUUAUAUCAUGAGCAUCCUGGUUUUAUUAGGAUGUAUACGCAUCUGUGUGAAUUAUAUAUGUAUGAAUGCGAUGCACUUACACGUCGAUCGAUUAACACGAGGGUCAAAUAUGAACGAAUGUUGGAAAUUCAAAUGUAUGUAAAACUGUUUGAAAGCAAUCUGUUGUUAAUAUAAGUGAGGGAAAGAUUACAAUGGGGACUGGUAUCUAAACCGAAGCCGGCGCUUUAGGAGUGAGUCACAAGCCAGGGCUAUGUUUCAGAGAGAAUUAAAUAAAGAAAGCACAUUUAACACUAAACAAUAGAUAAAUAAAAUUAUAAUUAAUAAAGGACGUUUAAAGGUUGUACUUAACGAUACGAAUAUACCGUCGAGCAAAUACAUCGUGCCAAAGUGGUAUUGGUAGUCGUAAGUUGAUUCUUGUAUUUAUUAGCCGUAUGGUACAGUAGUAUAUUAUUGUAUAAUGUUUUUAAUUUUUGUAUAGAACCGACGUGAAGCAUUCACUAAUGUACAUGAUAUUGGUAUAAUGAGGUUCAAUGAAUACCCACCGUGGUGUAACUUAAAUUGUAUAGCUAUUUAAGAUGUAAUGUUAACAAUUACUAUUAUUAUUAAAUUAUUAUGAUUAUUGGGUACGUUUGCGGUGUGUGUGGGUGCCGGGUGGUAAAGAAUGCGAGUGGUGAAUAGACUAUCCUAUUUGUAUUCAAUAAAUAAUUACUGACUUCUUAGUCGGGAUUUAUACCGAGUUUACAUGAGCUUAAUAACGAAUUUUCAGUACAAGUUUCGCCAUAAAACCUUGAUAUGACUAAACAUACCGUACCGUAGACAAUUGUCUUGUAAAAAUGCGUAGCUGUACAUCAUCAUGCGAAUAUGUAGUAUCUACGUAUUGCCUCGGCUACGAAAAAAACUCCGAGCGAUCUAUGCAGCGUCGAGCGCCGCAAGUAAAAAAUAAAUGUACUUGUAGCAUUUGACGCUGCACGCGUAAGCGUUGAGCUUAUUCGCUCGGAGCGUAAUUUUCUUAGGAUAGGAAUCGCUACUCGCGCCUGAUCCGCCCGUAAUUGAGUGAUCGUGCAUUUUUUUAUAGAUAUUCUUUUUUUAUAGAAAUUCUGUGGAACAAUAAUUUGAUCUGAAAUUCUCGCUAACUUACCUAUUAUCUGCAGAGUAACUUUUGGUUGGAACUAUCAGAGUUAACAUUACCUAUGUCUAACGUGUUAGAGUAUUGUAGAAUAGUACGCGGUAUUUUCAUUUAUUAAUUUUUUGGAUGGAUUUAUAGAAACUCUUGAGUUUUAUUUUAAGGUUUGAUAUUGUGAUUGUCUUAAAUUAUUUCAAACUAAGUAUUACUCUUUCGAUGGUAAGAUAGAAAAGGAAGAAUAUAAUUAUAAUUUCUCCCGGAUAUCUAUUUAUCCCAGUCGUAUCGCAGUCAAAUAAAGUGCCGACGGCGGAUGACGUCAUUAUUUUGCUCAAACUUAUAAAUUUAGUUGUUGGGAAGCAUUUAAAUGGCGUAAAAUAUAGGCCAAGGUCAUUUCAUGCCCCUUAUUAAAUGCCAGUAUUAACAACAACACACUUACUGUCCAUUAUUGGACUUUAAGUAUUUCCGAUUUGUCACUUAAUACGACGAUGGUACAUAAUGUAACCUCCCUGCUGGGAUACGGUCAUUACUAUUUUCAGAAGCCAGAUAAAUUUAUUUUGUAUUUAUAUUUAUAGUAUACAUUCCAUGCAGAAACGUUUGCUGCUUUACUUACUGUUCUACCUCUCACCUCCUUCCUUUCGAUAGCUUUUAUUAUCGUGGCAUGAAUGCUCAGUAUAAUGUAAGUGUGCGGCCGAGUCGGUUUCAACGAAGUUAAAAACUAUAAAUAAGGACUUAACGCAGAUGACGUCAUUGGUAAAAUGUUUAUUGACUGAUCAGACAACAACUAACGCGUGUAAAGGCAAGUGUUACAAUAUUGUAGUUCACAUUUAGAGUGCCCUAUUAUUGGUAAUUGAAAAUUAUGUAUCACCGACUAACCCAGUGGUUUGCUAGCUUGCAAGCCGGUGCCUUGGAGACCAUCGGACUAACCUGUCAAAAGAACGUUUUCCCCUUAGCGUCAUCUGUAGUAAGCAAGUGAGUUUUAACUUCUGACGCUCUCAAACGGCGUUUCUCGCUCACGACUGUGUGAUUAGUAACUUGCUUACGAGUUACUCGCCUCGUGACUAACAAUAAGUCGGGAAUGAGGUGCGCCGCGGCCACCGUUAGAGUAGGUGCGGUGAAGUUUACGAUCAUGCGUUAUUCCUCUUUCGAUUUGAAUGUUUAUGAGGUUAUGGACGUAAAAAAAUGACUUUCAAGAGUACCACAGAUGCAACGUAAUUCCGGGCGAAAUGUCUAUGAUACACAUUUUUGUCAGAUAGAACCUUAGAGCAUUUAACUAACCGGAGAUGACUUGCCUGUAAUUUUCUGUACAAAAAAGUCUCCUGGUUUUUGCGAAGGAGGGGCAAGUCAAAUGUCUGAUAAACGCCAUGCUAGAUAAACGUCAGUGCAUUCAAUAAGUAUGACGUGAGUAUGACCACUGGCCGAGGUUUUCAACAAAGGGGUAAGCUCUUAAAGACGACUCCGGUUGGUUAAAUGCACUAAGGAUAGAACGGAUAGGAAAACUCUGUCAGAUGAGAUAGAACUGACGGAUUUCCGGCCGAAAUUCCAUCGCGUCUGAGGCUAGCCUUAACUUUUUGUUCUGUGGAAGAGUGCUUACGAACAGACGCACUGAUUUGUGGUUCACAACAAGCUACAACGACAAGUUGAUGGUUAAGUCGGUACUUCUAUAGAGCCCAUUAUGCAAUUAGUUUGUACAGCUAAUGAGUCUAUGGUGUUACGGUCCGUUACGCACAUUUUUAAUCUAGUUAAAUUUCGUUAUAUUAUAAAUAUUUUUAUGUGUAUAGGAGUAAUAAUAAAGAAUUGUAAAUGGUUUGAUUCUCGCGUUUCUCAUUUACGGCGAGAGCGACUGAGAAAUUAAAUGGCAUGUGGUUAAUUGAUUAUCAUUAUUGUGAGACUACUUAUAGAAGUUAUAGAUGACAUUGGUUAGUUUUGAUUGCGGAGUUUGUUUAGUGAAUUUUUGUCCGUGAGAUUGCAAUGCGCCUGCAUUAGAAGCGCGAUCUUGUUAAAGUCUGAGAUAAAGCAUUUGUCUCUCUGGUAUUAACUACACUAGUAAGGGACUAAAACUUUAAGUUGGACAUAAAAUCGAUCAUGCUCGCAAGUCUGCUGGUUUUAAUUAAUGACUCGGUUGCCGUUGGGGGCCCUGUGUGAUGUGAAAAAAAGGCAAGAGCUCCGAGUACGAGUAUUAGCGUCAAGCGUAAAAAACUAAUUAUAGAAGUUACAAAGUUGCGCUGCAGUUGACGCUCACACUCUAGCAUCUUCAAACGUACAUUUAUAUUUUAUAAAUGUGUGGCAUUUAAUGUAACCCCUCAGCGAAUUCACUCGGAGCGUUUUUGUGGCCCUCAGUUCAUAUAUGUAUACAUAGCAAUAGCACUGCCCUCCGGCAAAACCUUGUAAAUUGGGAGCCGUAACAUAACGCAUACAUAAGUAACACGUUAUUAAUAUACAUAACGUUUAGAAAGUAAUAGCUAAUGUAAUACAUUUCGUAAGAGACUUUCUGUUUUUACAUGGUAUUAGACGGAUCGGAUAUGGUGAAGAAUUCUGUUCGGUUGUAGACAAAGUAACAUUUAAUUGUUGAUCACGCAUAAAGUACUUAUUACCUAAUUAAUGUUCUUUAAACGCUUUUAAAAAUUAAGUGAUUUAGCAUUGUCACCAUCACACAUCAACAUCAUUGAACUGGAAACAAAGAUUAUUUUAAUAGCACACACACGUCAUAACACUUAUGUAGUAAGCGUUAUUGACGCGAUUGGUCCGACAUCUCACUAUUACUAUCGUGGAAAGGGUUAAAAAUUUCAACAAAAUCAAAUGUUGCUUUGUCUGCAAGAUUGUUGCCAAACCCCUACGAAUAACACAUACGUAAUAUAUUGAAUGUUACUAGUACAUAAUGACCAUAUAACCAAUAGGCCGUCUAGCACUUAAGUAGGGGAACCUACCAUUGUCAAACCUACGUGCCAAAACCAUUUUUAUAAUACCUUUGUGAGUUUGAUGUGUGUUUGGCAAACAGUAGCAGCUGUAUGUAGCCCGUAGUAUGUGACUUCUUGAGUGGAUGUUUGAGCGAGGCAGGGCUUACGAGAUUCAUGUGAAACAAAUGCAAGCGUAAAUGUAUAACAAAUAUGCGGGUGUUCUUAGUCCACGCGACACAGGGCACUUUGCCGCUUGUCGCCAUGCUGCCCGCUCCGCUAGACGCUUACCACUCGGGUCGUACACUAACAGGCUACGGGGUAGCGCUACGCUCGUAGCUUAUUAACCCAAUCUGCGCUAAUUACUACACAUUGUCGUUACGUCACCACGCAUUGUCUCUACAUACAAGGAAAACUAAUCAGAGGCUACGGCAUAGCGCUACAAGUUAAGGUUAGCAACGAAUUUAAUAAUAAAUAUCUCUUAUGAUUAUGAAUAUUGCUGGCUUUGUUUGUCAAAACACAUAACAAAAGGUGUAUGUUUGAGUGCCAAUUACUUUAAAAAUAGAGAGAUAACUCCUUAAAUAUAUCAAUCAAAUGAGUAUAAUCCUGUAUUAAUACCUCGACAACGAAGCGCGCAAGAACUCACUUGUGGCUUUGCAGAACGCUCGACGAUAAUUAUGUUUUUUUUUUUAUAUUAUAGGACAUUAUUACACAAAUUGACUAAGUCCCACAGUACGCUCAAUAAGGCUUGUGUUGAGGGUACUUAGACACAUUAUAUAUAAAAUAUAAUAAAUAUUUAUAAAUACUUAAAUACAUAGAAAACACCCAUGACUCAGGAACAAAUAUCCAUGCUCAUUACACGAAUACAUGCCCUUACCAGGAUUUGAACCCGGGACCAUCAGCUUCGUAGGCAGGGUCACUACCCACGAGGCAAAACCGGUCGUCGAGGCAAAAUUUUGUUAUGGACUUUUCUUUUUCCUAAGAUGUCGAUACAAUUUGGCGGAUAGACAAAGUUCAGAAAUUUCCCUAUUCUUAUAAAUCUUAUAAUAGAAUCCCUGUUCUAUUAUAAAAUUAUAAAAAUCGUUUCCUGGUCAUAUUUUUAUAGUAUGCUUAACUCGUUCGCGUCUUUUCCUGUAGACAUCGCUAAGUUUAGAGAAUCCAAAGUUAAUUUUUAAGCCAUUCCUAACAUUUUUCCAGUACUUGAGACUCAAAUGAGAAAAACAUUAUCCCCCUUAUUCAUAAACGUGUACUAAAGUUACGAUGCCGCUGAUCAUCGUUUGUCCCUUUCCAUCAUACCAAUACGUCGGAAAGGGACAAACGAUGAUCAGCGGCAUCGUAACUUUAGUACACGUUUAUGAAUAAGGGGGUAUAAGUAUAUAUAUACCUGGCUGGUUAACUUUUAUGUAUUGGCUACAAUAGUAGGUAACCUUUUUCUGAAAUGUGUUUGGCGCCUCCUGAGGUACAGUCAUGUCUGAAAACAUCGACACGAUCGAAGUCCCAAAAAUAUGUAUACACGACCUUAUGGCCCAUUUAUUGGGGAAGUGUAUACAUAUUUUUGGCACUUUGUCCGUAUCGAUAUUUUCAGACGUGACCGUACCAAAACGUAUAGUAAUAUCGGAUUUAUUUUUUCCCACGAAUGAUUUUGUACCUAUUUAUUUCGCUCAAGGUACCGCUGGUGUGAUAUCGUGGAGGCGGACCUGCGUCGGCUGAAUGCCAAUUCAUGGCAGGAAACCGCGCUGGAUCGGGACAGGUGGCGUUCUCUCGUUUCGGAGGCCAAGAUUCUUUUUGGAUCGCUGAGCCAAAGCAGUUAGUUUAGUUAGUUAUUUCGCUCAAAAUAAGGAGCUCUUCACACCAGAUUUUUUUUAUCCAAAUCUAAAAAAUCGGCCAAAAAAAGGUUGUCAGUAUUGCGUGCUUUGUUAUGGAUGAUAUUGAGCAAUGAUUCAAGUUUCUAGGGGUUAUCUUUCGAAAAUUACGCUCCAAUGUAAUUGUUCCAUAUUUUAAUGUUGCCCUAUGUAUGAUCUGUAUUUGGAGGAUGAGAAAAUUUGGGAUUAUUGGUGUAAUUAACAUUAAUGUAAGUUUUUUAUGGGAAUCACGCGGAGAGCGGUGAUGACUAUGAUAUAUAAAUAACAAAAUGCCUUUUUGCUGGUCAAAGAUAUGCAAAUGUCUAAUUGAAUGCUUGAAAAUCACGAAAGUUCAAAUCAACGAAGUGUGGUCGAGUAUUCAAUUUUUUUUUUCUCAGUAUUACAGUUUAAGGUACAAAUUUAAUAAGAAAUUAAAUGCAUUUUAAGGUUGUCUGGAAGAGAUCGCUCUUUAGCGAUAAGACCGCCUGUGGUCUGCCUCUAUCAUUAAUCAAUUGUUAUUUCUUUAAGCUGUAUCUUUUACUGAGGUGUGCCAAUAAAAAAAAUCAUUAUUUCAUGUAUUUCUAAAAUAAAUACGAUCAUACAAAAACAUUUGCCUUUGAAAGACAUUUUGUUGUCAUUUAUGUAUCAUAGUACAAAAUAGUGAUGGCCAGUUCCAAGCGCCUUGUGACCAGAUCCGGAUACUGGUGCCGGUACCAGUAUCGGUUUUAGCUGGGUAAUACCGGGUUGCUGUUCAGCAGUACCGGUUCCGGCUACGCAGUACCGGUUUUCGAUACUCUGUAGCACCGAGCUUUGCUAGUCAGUACCGGUUUCGCUAGUCAGCAGUACCGGUUUCUGCUGGACAGUACCGGUUUCUCGGCGUUUGUGUUACCGGGCAGGCGGAGGCGCGCUGCCCCACCUAUUUUUGUACCGGAUACCACGACCGAGGCAGUACCGGUUUUUAUUUGAUUUAAAUCGACGUAUUCGAGAGAACUUCACUGCCACUAAUUUAAAAUAAAAAUAUUGGAAAUGA